AUGGAGGAGUAAGUGUUCAAAUGACAAUAUAUGGGUUUUUAGGGAAAUGGCCGUCGGAAAGCCAGGCCAUUCGUUGUUGGCCAGAGCUGGAUCAGCGGUUUUCUUUGGACUGGUCUCGGUUCUGAUCGUUUUCAUCAACAAGAUCUUGUUAACCAACUUGCAGUAAGUAGUUUUUGUUUUUUUUUCAGUUUUUAGUUAUGAAUUGGAUGGUAGUUGAUGUUAAUAACAACAAGUUUUGUCUAUAAAAUAACAUUUUGCCGAGUUUAUGGUGUUUUACAGAAAAUUGGUGUCAAAAGCUUUUUCGUUAAUGAAAAAACUUCUAAAAUACUGUAGAGGAUCUAACCUACUUAUUGCAAAGAUAUGAACUUUUGUUAUCUAUCAAAAUUUUCAGUUUUCCUUCGUUUCUUUAUGUUGGACUUGGUCAGAUGGGAGCCACGGUGUUGGUUUUGUUCGUAGCACAAAAAUGUAGCAUUGUCGACUUUCCACGAUGUGAUAAUUCGAUUCCAAAGAGGAUAUUUCCUUUGCCGUUGAUCUACUUUGUUAAUCUGGUCUCUGGACUUGGGUCCACACAGAAAUUGAAGUAGGUUUUAUGUUAGACAUGACAUUUCUUGGAAUUUUUUGAAAUUGUAAUGAAGAACAUGAUUUUAAGUCACUAUACUUGACUAGUCAGUUUCUUUUGAGGUAUAUUUUAGUUCAAAUGGUAUAAAUUAUCCUUCGGUUUAUCAAAUUAUGUUUUCAGCUUGCCAAUGUUCACAGUGCUUCGACGGUUCUCAAUUUUCUUAACCAUGGUAUUUGAAUAUUUGUUGUUAGGGUAAGUUGUAAGCUUUUUUUUGAGUAUUUUACAGUUUUAUAGUUUCAGAAAGGUUUAUAUAUAACAAUUUUUUUAAUUUUAGGACGAAUGUGCCUUUUGCCACUAAAGUUAGCGUGUUCUUGAUGAUAUUCGGGUCAUUUAUCGCUGCUAUGUAAGUGAAAAUGUUGUUUUUUAAAAAGUAUUUAGCGUAUGUAUUCAAAAUGUUGUUGUCUAACGUGUUGCUAAACAAUUUAUCAAUGUUAAUAUACGUUUUUAGCUAAAUUUAAUUAAACCAUAACUGGCUUACGCACAAGUCUUUAAUAACUAUGUGACUUUUAGCUACGAUCUGACGUUUGAUGCAUAUGGAUACUUCCUGAUCUUAAUCAACGACAUCUUCACAGCGGCCAACGGCGUUUACAUGAAGAAGAAGUUGGAUGCCAAAGACCUGGGCAAAUGGGGAUUAUUGUACUACAACUCUUUGUUCAUGAUUGUACCGGCGAUGGUAUUAGCGUUUGUCACUGAAGAUACUGAGAAAGUACGAGCAUUCGUCGAGGCUGGUAACAUGACAGCAUCAGUGGUACUGUGCUUUAUAUUGUCAUCGAUUUGUGGAUUUAUACUCAACUAUUCGUUGGUGCUUUGUACUCAUUACAAUUCUGCUCUUACUACGACUUGUGUUGGGCCUAUUAAGGUAAGUUUUGAUGGGACAAUAUAACUAAGCAUGGACAAGGAGAUGUCGGGAUAGGGAGAGAGUAGAUAAGUGGAGUGGUUAGUUGUUUGAACUUGUAAAAAAAUUUCUUAGAGGCCCAUAUAAGCUAAUUUACUGUAAGGAUAGCGAGACAAACCACAAGACUUAUUUUUUGAUUUCAGAACUUGGUGGUAACAUACGCUGGAAUGGUAUCAAGCGGCGACUACGUCUUCCAGUGGGCCAACUUUAUCGGUGUCAAUAUUAGUGUCCUGGGAUCGAUACUGUACACUUAUGUGACAUUCAGAACGAAAUUGACCAACAAACGAGAAAUCACCAUAAAACCGACUGCUUCGAAAGAUACCGAACGGUUACUGGCAUAG